AUGUCCCAAGGCGGUCCCGUCACCGGCUUCCCGGCCCCAGGUCUCCCAGACCAAAACCGUUACAUCGUCGGUCACAACCCAGAAGGCCAAUCUGUCUUCCUGGUCUCCGACAAGGGCGACCAUGGCGCCAUUAUGGUCGAGGGUGCCGCGGCCCAGAACAUCCCGUACAGCACGCAGUCAAACCCAGUUGACCUGACCGACGAUCAAGAUGUGAAAUUCGCUAUGGAAAACAAGCCCCCUCUAAACUACCCCACCGGCUCCGUCAUUCGCACCAUCGACUUCGCGCCCGGCGUCGAGUCAAACCUCCACCGAUCCAUCGGUAUCGGGUACGGUGUCGUCACGCACGGCGUGAUGGAACUGUCGCUGGACAGCGGCGAGAAGAGACUCAUGUAUCCCGGCGACGUGUCGGUGAACCGCGCGGGCAUGCAUCGGUGGAGAAACGUCUCCGAGAGCCAGCCGGCCAGGAUGGUGUAUUUCCUAAUCGGUGUGACGAAUGCGACGGCUGCUGGGAAGCCGUUGGAGGAGGAUUUGGGGUAUUUGGCUAAGGAGUAUGUUUAG